GUAGUAAAGGCCGCGACAAGGGGGCCGACCAGUAUGAUGCGUGUGCUGCGCCACCCAGCAAACAUAAGUGGUCAUUGGCUUUAUGCAAGCCAACCAAAAACCCCGCUAGAGAAAGCGAGGCUCUGGUCGCGCCUUGCAGUUCUUAGUUCUUCUAUUUUAUAGCCUCGCUCUCCCAAGUUUUGGAGAUCCUGCUAAAUAUUGUGAACAGCCUGAUCUCCCUAUUUGAAAAGAAAAUCAGAACAACAAAGAAGAAAAGGAAAGAAGACCUCUCAAUAUGAUGCUCAUCACGCUGGGCGUUUUCUUCGCAAAAUUUGGCAAAUCAGCCGCAAAGUCCUGUUAUGCCCCUGACGGAACCCCAGUUGAGGACGACAUAUAUGCUCCAUGUAUUGCGAUUGAAGGGGUAGAGUCGAUGUGCUGCCGGAUUAAUGACACAAACCCCGAUGAAUGCCGUGCCGAUGGCCUUUGUUACACAAACAUGACGGGGUACGCAGGAUAUUGGAGAGACUUCUGUACUGAUGAGACAUGGGAUACCCCGAAUUGCCUAUCAAAGUCAAUCUGCAACACUACGGCAGGGGGAAAUUCAAGUUGGACAUACUACAUGACACCCUGCGGUGGUGUUGAUUACUGUUGUGGUGAUGAUCCCUCAUGUUGCAGCGGAGACAGUGUCUUUUCCAUCAAAGAUACUCUUGUCACGAUCGGAGGUGUAGCUACAACCACUGUUACAGCGACGAGCUCAGCAGAAGUGAACGGUACAAAUUCUGGUUCAUCAGAUGAGUCCACUAAGCUCGCAAUUGGCCUUGGUGUUGCCAUUCCUUUGACCGCUAUAGCGGGUGCCAUGCUAGGGGCCGGAUUCCUCUGGGGAAGGAAGAUAACGCAGCGCAAAUGGCUGCAGGCCACAAAUCAUGAGGGUACUGCUGGACCGUUACUGCAACCAAUACUACAGCAAGGGAUUGUUCCAAAUUAUCAUCAAAGUUAUCCUCAUGAGGUAUCGGCAUCUCAGUUAUCACCGACCGAAUUACCAGGGGGUAAAUGAUGGAUAUAUAUCCACUUUACAGAUCAAAGCUUAGAGCCUGGGACAUUGGGGGUAGAGUGGUUAAUACUCAGGCCAGGUCAGGUUAAAUACUGUUAUUAGAGUAGGAUAGCCAGUUGGUUGUAAACCCAGCAGGUCAUGUAACUAAUAUGAAGUUUAAAUAUAAAAACUGUUUGAU